AUGGCGAAACAAGUAGCUCAAAACGUGUUUAUUAUAGCCGCUAAACGAACACCUUUUGGUGCAUUUGGUGGAACUUUAAAGGAAUAUACUGCCACUGAACUCGGUGGAAUAGCAGCAAAAGCAGCCCUAGCAGGUCUCCCCAAAGAUCUUCCUAUCGAUUCUGUAAUAUUCGGUAAUGUCUGCCAAACAGACAGCACCGCACCAUACCUAGCCAGACAUGUAGGCCAUCGAGCGGGUGUAUCAAUUCAUGUGCCCGCGUUAACGAUCAAUCGUCUCUGCGGGUCAGGAUUUCAGUCGGUGAUUAACGCGGUUCAGGAGAUCAGAUCGGGCGAUGCUAAUAUCGUGUUAACGGGUGGCACAGAAAGCAUGAGCAAAUCUCCGUAUACCCUUGCUAAUGUUCGAUGGGGUACUCGCUACGGAAUUGAUUUGAAAUUGGAAGACUCGUUGGCUGCCGCGUUGGUUGAUCAGUUUCCGACAAAAACGCCGAUGGGUGUGACUGCUGAGAAUCUUGGGGAGAAAUAUAAUAUCACGCGCGAACAGUGUGAUGAGUAUGCGUUGAGCAGUCAACAACGUUGGGCAGCUGCCAAUGAAGCAAAAAUAUUCCAUAAUGAAUUGGUUCCGAUUGAAGUAAAAACGAAAAAAGGAAUCCAAGUAUUUGAAAAAGAUGAACAUCCACGACCACAAACAAGUCUCCAAUCGCUCGCAAAACUACCACCAGUAUUCAAACCAGAAACUGGUCUAGUCACAGCUGGUAAUGCUUCCGGUAUUAGUGAUGGUGCAGGUGCUGUGGUAAUAGCCAGUGAAGAGGCAGUCAUUCAGCAUGGUUUAAACCCUCUUGCUCGCGUGGUAAAUUAUUUCGUUACUGGCGUCGAACCAACAAUAAUGGGAUUUGGCCCAGUUCCGGCAAUCAGGAAUGUAUUAAAGAGAGCGUCGUUAAAUCUGUUAGAUAUUGAAAUUAUCGAGGUUAAUGAGGCAUUCGCUGCUCAGUAUUUGGCCGUUGAGAAAGAAUUGGGGUUGGAUCGUAAUAUUACGAAUACAAAUGGCGCAAUCGCACUUGGCCAUCCACUCGCCGCAUCGGGUUCCCGUAUUUUAGCUCACUUAACAAGUGAACUUCAUCGAACAAAAAAAAAAUACGCUCUUGGAUCUGCAUGUAUAGGUGGUGGUCAAGGCAUCGCUGUGAUACUUGAACGAGUGUGA